AUGAUAAGGGCGACGACGGCCUCCCAGCGCCUCCGCCACGACCGCUGCCUGCACUUGCUUCACCACCACCUGUCAAGCUCAUUGCAGCGCACUGGCGGGCGCGCUAGUGCUCGUCGACUGCCGCAGACUUCAGUGGUGCACACGCGCCAGUGGCUGCAAUUCAGUCGUCCCCAUACUUUGUUACGAGAGACCAAAGCAGAUAAGCCAUGGAGCUGGACGACGUGGCUGCAGGAGAACAUUCCCAAGGGCUUUGGCCGCUUUUAUCCGAAGAAUGGAGGCAAUGGUGGCAAGAUUAGUGGCCCACCAAAAAGUGCCCCAAAGGCUGGGGAGAAAGGAACUACGGACAUCAAGAAGCUGAGCUCAAAGACUUCAGAGGGAAGCAGUGGGGCGAAAAAAGGAUCGUCAGGUAAUCGUGGAGGACCCAGCGGCAAGGAUGGUAUGGCUUACUUGAUACCGGCCGCUGUAGCUGCUAUGUUUUUGGCCGACUUGGCGUCGACGGACAAGCCAAUGCAGGAAAUCACUUACCAGGAGUUCCGAAACUCUUUUUUAGAGUCGGGGCGUGUGGAGAAACUAGUGGUGGUAAACAAGAAGUACGUCAAAGUUUUCUUGAACGAUACGCUGGGUGCUUCGUCGUCUGGAAAGGGUAGUGCAGUGCCCGGUAAUGCCAGUGACAUGUCGGACUGGCGCGAUCCUCAUGCCAAAGGACAGCACGAGUACGAUUUCGCAUCCGAGUCGGAGUAUCCGGCAAAUGAUGUCAGCGGUCGCGGACUAAACGUGCCUGGUAUGGGAUCACGUGGUGGCGCAUCUGGUCGUCCAACCUCGAAUCCUGUGUACUAUUUCAACAUUGGCAGCGUAGAUGGCUUCGAGCGACAGAUUGAGCACGCCCAGCACCAGAUGGGCAUUCGUCCGCAUGACUACAUUCCAGUGCAGUACACGAACGAGAUCAGCUUCACUGCGGAGAUAAUGAAGUUUCUGCCGACGAUUGUACUGAUUGGCUUUUUGCUCAUGACCAUGCGUGGUGUGGGUGGUGGUGCUGGUGGCGGCGGUGGUGGGAUCGGCAACAUAUUCAAGGUCGGCAAAAGUCCUGCCAAGAAGAUCACCAAGGAGGACAUUAAGAUCACGUUCAAGGACGUGGCUGGUGUGGAUGAGGCCAAGAAAGAAAUCAUGGAGUUCGUUGAUUUUCUUCGCAACCAAAAGCGUUUCACGGACCUCGGUGCCAAGAUCCCGAAGGGUGCCCUGCUGGUAGGCCCGCCUGGUACGGGUAAGACGCUGCUGGCGAAAGCCACUGCCGGUGAAGCUAGCGUCCCGUUCUUUAGCAUUUCUGGAUCAGAUUUUAUCGAGAUGUUCGUUGGUGUGGGCCCAUCCCGUGUGCGCGAUCUGUUCAAGGAAGCUCGUGCGAACGCUCCGUGCAUUGUUUUCAUUGAUGAGAUUGACGCAGUGGCGCGUUCACGCAGCAAGGGCAACUUUACAGGCGGCAACGACGAGCGCGAGAACACGCUUAACCAGCUGCUGGUCGAGAUGGAUGGAUUUAACUCGAGCGAGGGCGUGGUCGUGCUUGCCGGUACGAAUCGCGCAGACAUUCUUGACAAAGCCAUUUUGCGCCCUGGUCGCUUUGACCGACAGAUUACGGUCGAUGUGCCUGAUAUCAAGGGCCGUCGUGAGAUCUUCAAGGUGCACCUAAAGGGACUGACGCUGAAUGGCGCCGUCGAUGACUUUGCUCGUCGAAUGGCUGCAUUGACUCCAGGUUUUGCUGGUGCUGAGAUUGCCAAUAUAUGCAAUGAAGCGGCUAUUGUAGCUGCCCGACGAAACGGUACAAGCAUAUCAUUCAAGGACUUCGAACAAGCCACGGACCGUGUGAUCGGUGGACUAGAAACAAAUCGCAUCAUGUCGCCGGAUGAGAAGAAGACGGUGGCGUACCACGAAGCUGGCCACGCUGUUGCUGGCUGGUUCCUGGAGCAUGCGGAUCCGCUGCUGAAGGUGACCAUCGUACCGCGUGGAAAAGGCUCUCUUGGGUACGCGCAGUAUCUACCAAAGGAGGUGGCGCUGCACAGCAGCGAGGCUCUGACUGACAUGAUGUGCAUGGCGCUUGGUGGCCGCGCUUCCGAGCAUGUGAACUUUGACGGUCGUAUUACCACGGGUGCAUCCGACGACCUCCGUCGUGUGACGCAGAUCGCCUACUCGAUGGUGCAGUUGUACGGAAUGAACGAGCGCGUAGGACAGCUGUCGUUUCCGAAGGACGAGAAUGCAUACGCGGACAAGCCUUACAGCGACAAGACAUCCGAGGUCAUGGAUGAAGAGGUGCAGAAGAUUGUGCAGAAUGCGUACGAGCGCACCAAGCAGCUAUUGAUGGAGAAGAAGGCGCAGCUGCACGAGCUCGCUGAGGAGCUGCUGCAGCACGAGACGAUCAACCACUCGGACAUUGUGCGAGUGCUGGGGCCCCGUCCGUUCGGCGGCAACAAGACAUACACCGAGUUCGUAGAGGAGUCGUGGAAGGACGCUGACAAGUACGAAGCAGACAAGGCUGCGGCAUCCAAGGCAGCAUCCGAGGCAACGGCUGAAGCGAGUGAGAGCGAGGAAGAAGCCAAGACGGCGUCGACUAGCGAGAGCGACGAUACUAAAGACGACGAUGACGACAACAACAACGAGGACAAGAAGUAG